UCCUGUUUAUCAAAGACCUGUGAUCGAUCAGUGGAGAGCAAUUUGCUUCAUUCUGGUGGCUGAUUUAUAGUGCCAAAGGUCUGGAAAAGUGUUGGAACUGUGAGCGCUCGCGACAUGGAUUAGUUUGCGCUAGUUGGUAAUUCGGUGUUUUCCUGAUCGAAUAAGAAAAAUCGUUUUACUUCCUUACGACAGGGGCAGGUUACUUAAGAAUUUUCAAAGGGAAAUCCUUACAAGCAAAAAGUUGAAAUCGGUAGUCACUGCGAUUGCGCCGGAAAGCGAAAAGUAUCCGUGAGGGAGAAUUGGGCUGAAAGUUGGGAGCCAGUAGCAGAAGCAGUGGGCUGAGGAAAUCGGAUAUUCGAAACGGAUUUAAUCGAUCGUCUUUUGAAAAAAGAGAGAGAACACAUAGGAGAUGGCAGCUACGUCGAAUGGAGUGAUACGUAGGAGUUCGUGAAGAAAAGAAAAAAGCCAUCCUGAGUGAACGACGACAUGGAGGGUGUUUUCAGUGUUACAAAGUUGUGAUUAUCAGUUGAACAAGAAGAACCAGCAGUAGUAACAGCAAGGAAAUCAACUGUGCCUCGAUUAAUGGUAUGGUAGAUGUCGUAUUUACUGAACUUUAUUAAUGCAGCAAGGGGGCUCAGGAAAGCGCCCCCGAAAUUGUUCAUUUGAGGCAUGUCGUAAUGGCAAGAGAGGAGUCUCGCGGCAAGAGGCCUUUAAAAAUCUGGGACAGUUGGCGCAAUGUCCGCAAAGGUCUCGUCGUAGGUAGUUUCGAGGAAUUAAUAGUUAGAGGGAAGGACAAACUAGGAGUACCAGCAUCAGAACCGGUUCGAUUGGUUCUAGAAUGCGAUGGCACUCAAGUAGAGGAUGGAGAGUACUUUAGAACGCUAGCGAACAAUACCGUACUGUUGCUGUUGCGACAGGGAGAGAGGUGGUACCCAACAGGUGUCGAUGUGAUCAAAGCUGCGAUAUCUGCCAUACCAAAAAUCGUCUGCGAGACUAUACAUGCCUUGGAACUGCAGGAUGAAACACCAUCUUGGAAGAUUAUGGAUAACAAGGGACGUGUCACCGUUGUUUUACACUGGGAUCAAAGACAGGGCGGUCAAGGAGGAGGCCAAGGAAGCAGCAGUAGUGGACUCGGUGGUGGAGGAAUACUGAGUAAUGGUCCUAGUUCAGAAAAGUUUUCACCGUCGAAGAAAAGCCUAUCUACCCAAAAUUCAUUGGACAAAGGAUCGGUGUCCAGUCAACAACGAUACCCCAGUCCUCAGAUAACGGUAAUCAAUCAUGAUGAUCCACAGUCUGCCAUUUACCAUUCAGCAAGGCGACUGUCGAAACAGGGUGGGUCAUUUGACAGCGCUGUGGGAGCUGUGCAUAUUCAUACUCCUGAGUGUGCACACCAUGCUCACACACCUACGAGAGCAGGAAGUCCAGGAGCAACCGAAUGUGACUUCCACUGUUGUGCACUGCACGAAGAAGGACGUAAAAUCGCAGUUCAUAAAAAUGUGGCUACAUCUCCCAUACAGGAUGGAUCUGUUAGUCCACAACCGCCACCCAGCAGCCUUUCGGACUCCAGACGGACGUCGGCCUCAAAAGGGCAUGUACGAUUCUUGGACAUCGGCCCUGAGCGGGACAGUUCUGAAAGUGAAACAGAAAACACCGUCAUGGAGGACGAAACUGUCACGUCGGAAAAGUUUCUUCUACUGAUCGAUCAACUUUCGGUAGACCAGAAACGGCAUCUUAGUAUAAAAGAUAUUGGAAUCAUCCUCGAACGACUAAGUUCAAAAAUCCUAGACGUAGAACGGUUAGAUCGCGAAAGUGAAUCUGACGAUUGCUACAACUGGACGAUCAAAGCAACGAUUCGUGGUGAUGCGUUACGUGAGUUAGGUGUAAUAUAUAAUGGUAAUUACUACGCAAUAUCGGAACAUCCUGGUUACAAAGAAGAAAACGAAGAAAAUGGUGAAGACGUGGAAGAAGAAGACGAAGAUCGGUUAUAAGAAUAAAUCGAAUGAUUGCAGUAGCGGUAGUAAACUGCAUACAAUAAAUCGAAUUGGAUUGAAAUGCUAGUAAGAGCAGACAGAAAAUUCAGAAUAAAGUCAGCAGCACGUGCAAAAAAAUGGUUGAAAUCGAAUCACGUGUGCAAGACGAGUGUGGAUCCGGAGUAUUGUUAGGGCGUGUGAUGCCACAAUCAGUGCCAUUUCGAGCCACGUGUUGAACAGUGAAAUGGAACCGGAAAGCGAAAGCCACUCUCUCGAAAACACAAAUGCUGCCAUUAAAACAAAAAAAAUCGUUUAAAAUAAAUACAUUAAUUUGUGGAGGUUAUUGCUAAUAAAUAACGAAAUAUCUGAAACCUAAAUAAAACAUGGAAACGCACAUCAUUGUAACCGUUACAUAAAAAUGAAGCAAUUAAUAGAAAUCAAUCUAAUACAGCAGGCUAAAUAGAAGCCUGUGACGACAAUGGAAAAUGCACCGAAAUAAAAACGGACAGUGACGAGACACACAAACAAGAACGUUCGAAAUUCAAAGUAAGGCAAAAUGUGGACAAAAUUUUAAGAAGCAAACAGUAAUGCAUACCUUAGGCAUCAGUCGUGUCUAAUUUCAUGAUAGAGUUAGUAGGUAAAACAAAAUGUGGGAUACGAUUGCCAUGAACUACAAUAACGGGGCAAAACCUUGUAAUCAACAAUAAUGGUAAAAUAGUAAUACUGUAAUUACGGAGCUAAUGUAACCUACAAAAAAAGUAAAGGCAAAAACCAAAACCAGAUAAACACGUCAAACUGCAGUCGUAUCGCCAAAAAAAAAACUAGAAUUUAAAUCAAAACAAAAUAAUAAUAUAUAUUAUAUUAUUAACAAAUUAUGUAUUUAAAUACGUCAUUUCUGUAGAAAUGAUCCACUUUUUACUAAGAACAAAGGAAGACAUGAAACCAUAGUUAUGUAUCAAAUGAUUAUCAAUUAAGUAAAUGUAUUUGUACACUUGCACAUAUAGCUGUGUAUACGUAUGGAUUCCUGCAUGUACGUGUGUAUAUUUGUAUGUGUAGAUGUGUAUGUGUGUGGAUGUGGGCAGACGUAGUGUUUGCGCCACAGAGUAUUAAGCACAUAUUGUGAGAGAAAUCUGGCUUCAAUCGAUUCUCUCGUCAUUUAUGUUGCUUUUCCCCCUCUGGAUCAAGCAAAUCACACGUAAUGGUCUAAUCUCGCACCAUCUAUAACUAAAAUAGUAAAAAAGCAACAAACAUUAACAACUCACACUUAUUCUGGCACUAAACAUACUACUACUACCGGUGAAAAUCACUAAAGACGUUUUAACGCAUACGUAGACACACAACAACUAUUUAACCGCUAGUAGAAGGUACGCAACAACAACCAACCAACAACAAAACUAAAACAAGUCUAUUAAACGAAAAUCACCACGAAAGCAUCCGUUAUACACACUAGAUGGUCUCUUAGCGAAUAAUGAUGUGUGUACUUACUUAGUCACAUUCAUACACGAACACACAUUCACAUAUUCACACAGUCCAUUCGCGCAAAGGCAAACGCCGUAUUCCUAUCCAUGUUCACACACAAACACACGCGUAUGCAUCAUUACGCGUAUAAAGGGAAAAAAACAUCAUGGGCUGUUCUUACAAUCGCAUAGAAAAUCCGUACAGAGAUUAGCGCAUACACAGUAAAUCCUAGCGACGUUAAGGAGAAAAAGAUGUGUUGAUUCCUCGAGUUCAGUUCUCACGUGAAAGAAUAUUGUACUUCUCAGUUACGAAUUGAGUGUUGAAGGGAGAUUUAUCAGUUACCGCCAAGUAAACUAAUUGAUAGUACAGCGUAACUUUUUUCUAAAGUGACAUUACGAAACUGAUAUUAGCGUGCGAAUCGUGUCAACUCUCCAUUGGUUAGAUUUAGAUCUUAGAUUUAUAAACAACAAUCUGUGUUCAUUUGAAUCCAUAGGAAAGAAAUGUAAAACGAAUGCCAACUCAAAAAGAACAAAAAGUUGCCAAACAAAAAGGAUGGUUUAUAUCAACAUGCACGCCAAAACAUGUGCCAAAAAUGGUGAUGGGAAACGAAAAGAAACUCUACGUGUACUGCCACUGGCACCACGCCUAGCUCGUCAUUCUGUUAGGAUACUUAAAUUCCUAUUACUAUUAUUAUUUCAAUCAAGACGGAACAUAAAGAACCGCGUAUAACAAAUAGAUUGCAACGAUGUAGGUAUUCGACGGGAAAUGAAAGAGAGAAACAAUCAAUCAAUAUGUGCUAAACUAUGAUCUGGAUAUUUUUUGUUUCCUUAAAACUUGAGAACUUCUUUAAAAAUUAAAAAAAAUAUCUGAAAUUCGUCGCGACUUUAAAAACUAGAAAACUUAUUUUUUUUAUCUUGUUUCCAUGUUUUGACUCAGAUUUAAAUUUUAAUAGUUUUCAUUGAACAAUCAUUCAGAGCAAUUAAAAAACCAAAUGAAUGCACUAGCGGAACUGCUCAUUCAGACAUGCGUCAGCAAUGUAUUUUUAGGAAUCAAACGACAAAAGAAAGAAAAAUCUUGACAAACGAGAGCAGUAGGUUAACCAGAUUAAUAUAUUGUAAUCAAAACCCAAAUUGUAAUGAACCCGUGAAUGGAUGCGUUACUUUGUUAAUCCACGUACAUAGGACAGAGCAAGAAAAGUUUUAAAGAAAUAUGUGAAACAAAGGAGAAAUGAAAAUAAACCGGUGAGAGAAUUGAAUUAUUUUAUACAAACAAAAGAAACACACGAGAAAGAAUCUCCUAGUAAGCAAACCCUUACUCAGCACACGGCAAAGGAAUCCCUGCUUCCUUGUACUAACUCAUGAGUGAUUUUCUGCACAUAUUCGUUGGCUGACGUAAUCUCGGAAUAAUAUGACUGUGCAAUAGUUAUCAUUUUAUCGGUUGUUCGUCUCUUAUCGUUAAGCAUUUGCCACUAAUUUUCCCUAAACAAUCAUGAAUCAAGAAUGAGAAACUGUUUUUAUUUUGCUAAAGUCAAACUCUAAAGAAAUGGUAAAACGACUAAUACUGCAAGUGAAACCUAUAUAUUUUGUAUACAUAUUUCUAUGAACAAAUGAUUUGUUUAUUUGUAUGUCAGGUUACUACUUCAUCUAUAUUUUGUAAUCGAAGGAUAGUAACGCAGACUAAAACUAAUAAUAAGUAACAUUAGAAACCAAUAGUUUUAACUGUUUCUCAAAGAGAGCCAAGUAAAGCGAACUUAAAACUGAAACCCGAAGUAAAACAAAAUCAUAGAAUCGGAAAAAGAUAAACAAAACUGUGGAAAUCAACUUAUCAAUCAACCAAAAAUGCAUGGACACAGGCCACAAUGAAAUGAAAUAUUGAAACAAAAUCUCUUCGAUUAACCAAACUCCCAAUGCACUGAUGUUAUGUUCUACUGUCGCUUUUCGAUUGAAGCAAAAUGUUAUGAUGAAGUUCUUCCCACACAAUGAAUCAACCACGCCUUUCUUCACUUCCAUUCUGCGUUACCUUAUAAAAUUGGGGCGUGGAAAAAUAUUCACCAACGUCAGCAAGCAGCUCAAAUAAAAUGUUCGUUCACAAUCCCGUUACGAUGAUGGACAAGAAUAUCAACCUUGCGCACCAUAAAGCUACCAGUAAUCGCAGGUCACAUCUGGUGGCCACGAUUAUCCGUUCGAGAGUGUUAUCGUAGUCAUGAGAAAUUAAAUGAGUAUUAGUUUACAUAAAUAUCUGACACUGCCCUAAGCCCUGAAAAAAAAAAACAUUAGUGAAAUCAAGUACUAACAAAUCACACGAAAACGAAAUGUGCGCAUGUUUUAUGAAUAUUGAGAAAACUAACAACAUCAAGUCGUAAACAUUAAACAAGAAAAAUCAUAGUGAAGGGCCGACAAUCCUUCAAAUUAAUUAAAUGAAAUAAAACAAACUAAAAAUUAUAAUACUAACGAUAUCGGUAAAUAUUUUUUUAAAUAAAUAGUAACGAAGAAAAAGAAGAGAGAAUACAUAAGUCGAUCAAAAAAGAUGUGCGAUUAUCGAUUUAAAUUAGCCAAACAAAAAAGUGAAACAUUGAUCAAGGUCGAAUUCUUUAAUAUCUAGAAU